AUGUCGUGGUUCCUGCGCGGAGUCCAAAGCGCCAUCUUCCACUACGCCUCGUGCGCGCCGUGCACCGGAUACAACGACAGCAGAAAGCGGCGGAGAGAAGCCAAGCGAGCCCGCAAGGCGCGAGAGAAGCUGGUGCUCGAGCAGCCCGAGACGUACUACCACCCGGAGCCGACGGGCACGAAUCCCUUCUGGGACGAGGAGAUCGCACUGGGGCCAGGCCCGCCGUCGCGACGCGCGCGCAGGACCAACACGGGCAGCACCCGCUGCGCCGCGAAAGCGGGCCUGCAGAGCGCCGUCGUCAGCCAGAGCGGCAGCAGCGUCGACGGGGAACGCGCCCGCCAUGUGCGCCUCAGCGACGACUCGCUCGACGACGACACGUGGAACCUGAAGCGCUACCAGCGCGAGGACGAGCACCUCUGGGGCCUGGACGAGGCGCCUGUGCCCGUGCACCAGACGACGUCGGCGUCGUCGUCGAGCGGGACAGGCAGCAUGCUCGGACUCGCACUGAAGACGAGCCGGCCAGGCACCUCGCGGUCGGGCAGCUACUACUCGGCGCGCGCGCCGCCAGUCAACGAGCUCCACCCGCCCGUCGUCAGCCUGCCGUCUUCGGACGUGGCCGACAACCGCUGGAUGCUCCAGCCCCCGCCCAAGGCCAGCGUCAUGGCAGGCAGAGAGCGUGCCACGCACCGGAGCCGCAGCGGGAGUGGCGCCAGCAGCCGCGUGGAGCUGAGUCUGCAGAGGCAUGUCAGCACGCGGCAGCUGAUGCACCGGCUCGAGCGAGGCCAGACGCAUGAGCUGCCGUCGAUGACACCGCAUGGCUCAUACACCGACCUGGUAUCAAGCCAGCGGCGCAACAGGAGCAGGACGCCCCAGGCGCGGCCGCCGUCGUCGACUAGCUCGAGGAAGCGCCUCGACACUGCCAACACGUUGAACAGGACAGACACUACCGACUCGCAGCAUUCGGUCGUUCGAGGACGCACCGCACCCACGGCCGGCCGCACCACACCCACGGCCGGCCGCACCACGCCCACGACCGGCCGCACCACACCCACGGCCGGUCGCACCACACCCACGGCCGGUCGCACCACGCCCACGACCGGCCGCACCGUCUCGGUCCGCCAAAGCCGACCUGCGCUCUCGACUGUAGUCUCCAGCGGUUCGGGCGCGAAUGCAUCCCCACCAAACCCCCACCACAGCGACGAGAACGCUCUGCCCGGACGGCCCGAGCAGACCCACCACGGCGAGGCCACUCGGUCCACCGACUCUCUCCCCGCACCGCGCAUCAUGUCCCGCCGCGAACGCGCACCCCUCAGCUCGUCGGACAUCUCGAGCCUCAACUGCCUCCAGGACACGGUCUCUCCGCGCGCGCUGCUCAGCUCGCGCUUCGUCUCCGCGCCCUUGGUCGAGGCCAAAAUCCGCCUGCCACUCUCCAACGGCGACCUGGCCGCCAGUGCGAGAGACCAGUGGAACGGCAGCGGCUUCGCCGUGAGCCGCGGCUGGAGCGUGGCCAACGAGGAGCCCAUGCGUGCGCCGUUUGACAGCCACGGCGUCGUCGAGAAGGAUCCGCGACUCCGGUGGAGCGUCGACUUCUGA